CAAAAUAAACAAAAAUAUCUUCUCCACCCUCCCUAACCCAGUCCUCUCCUUCUCUCCUUCUCUCCUUCUCACACACUCCAACCCAUAACCAAGCCUAAAAAAAAGAGUCCCACUAACCGAUUCUUGCUCUUUUUCAUCCAAAUGGCUUCUACUUUACAAUCUAUGCUCUCUGCCAAUUCUUGUUAUACUUUCAUUUCUCCUAGAUUCUUGAAUAACCACCAAAAGACUAAGAAGCAAAGCUGUGAGCUCUUCAGAGUCAGAGCUUCCUCUGAUGACUCUGACUGCAAUGAUGAAGAAUGUGCUCCUGACAAGGAGGUUGGGAAGGUGAGCAUGGAAUGGGUAGUUGGGGACAAGACCAAAGUGGCUGGAACUUUUCCACCUCGCAAGCGGGGUUGGACAGGUUAUGUUGAGAAGGACACUGCUGGACAAACAAACAUAUACUCGGUUGAGCCUGCAGUUUACAUAGCAGAAAGUGCAUUCAGCUCGGGCACUGCAGGUUCUUCUGCUGAUGGAUCAGAAAGCGCAGUAACAGUCACUGCUGGCAUAGCUGCUGUCUCAGUCGCUGCAGCUUCAUUAGUACUUUUGCUGGUUGGCAAGACCCCACCCCAGAUGCAGACAACAGUAGACUAUUCUGGGCCAUCCCUUUCUUACUACAUCAACAAGUUUAAAUCAGCAGAGCUAGUCCAAGCCUCAGUGCCUACAGAACCUGAAGCCUCUCCACCUGUACAGCCAGAAAUCUCAGCUCCAGAAAUCACAGGUUGAGCUUUCUUAGGCAUCUCAAGUGGGCUUUCUCUUUCAACCAUAACAACUCAGGGAAGAUUUUGCCUCUACACUACGAAUGUAUAUCUAUUUUAUGAUGAGAAUAUAUAUACACAUAUGGGGGAUACUGCAGUUCUGAAGAUAUAUUAAUAUCAGAGGGACAAAAAAAUUCAUUCACAUGAAUGGAAAAUAUAAUUUUCUGUGCCCUUUUUCCCAAA